AUACAAGACACACGCAGUCAUGGCUGGAGGUCAUGAGUUUCUAACCCAACAUAGCCACCUGAGUUCCGAGACAGGUUUUUUUUUUAGGGCGCGUUAACGCUUCUGGAGCAUGGUGAGAGCGGCGAGUUUCUCCGUUGCAGAACCGAGCUUCAGAGAUUUUGGAUAUGGUUGCCUUGAUACCCCCAGCACUUAGUCUAGUUCGCGAACAGCCACUGUUUAAAUCUCGAUGUUUCAACCACCUAACAAAUUUCCCUCCCACCUUUCGCGUUGCUUCUCCGCAAAGAAGUAGGAACUAGAGCUUUCUCCUUAUUUUUCGUUCUCGUAGGAACUACUGUAUCUACCGCUUGGCGUUCUCGCGGCUCCUGUGACUGUAUCGGGCGCUGCGCGCCAUGGCUGCGACACCCGUGGCUGCAGCGAGCGCGCCUCUGCCGUACGCACCGCAGCAGCAGGAGCAGCAGCAACCGGAACUUGACCUCGCGCCCGCGUGGGUUGCGGAGUACUUUUCCGUGGUGCACGGCGUAUCGCCCUUGCUGUUUAAAGGUCUCCUCCCCCGCCCCCUGGCGCAAGACAGCGCGCUCGUGCUGCGCCACAUCGUCCCAAUGCUCCGCGCGGCGCUCGAACACCGCGACCUCCGCGCGGAGCAGCUCCCCUGCAUCCGCGCUCUGGCGCAGAAAAGGGACUUGGCGGAGAGAGGGGGAAGAGAGCAGGGGGGAGGGGGAGCGGAGGGGGGGGCCGAGGCGGACGAAGGGGUUCCUAGAUGGGUGCGGCUUGUGGUGGAAUGCUGUACUGCGUCCUUCCUGUCGUGCCUUCCAGAGGCAUUCCACAGCGAAACUCCAUCCCGGGCCACCAGGCAAGCGGCAGCGGCGGCGGCGGCAGCAGAGGCAGCAGAGAAACAGGCGCUGGCAGCAGCAGUGGAGGCGUUUGGGGAGGGCGUGUGGGGGGAGCGUGCGGGGAGUGAUGGAGGGGCAGAUGCAGCUGGAAGGGGUGAUGAGGGCGCAGCAGAGGGGCGAGAGGGGGCCGAGGAGGAGGAGGAGGAUGAGUUGCUGCGAGGGGAAAUAAGGCGCAGGAAAGAGUCCCUUAGAGCUGUGCUGCAGGAGGCGGGAAGCAGUGUUGCAGGCGUGGCAGCGUGCUGCAAGGAGCGGUUCCCCCAGGGGGAGGUGUGGGGCCAUCUGCAGGAGCUCGUGGACUGGGCUGCAGCUGUGCUGCCUCCACCCGUGUUGCCAAUGCAACUGCGCCACUGGAAGCUUCGUCCGCCCGCCCCUGCACGCCUGCCCACGCCUCCCCCUGCUUCUGCUGCCCCUUCCGCUCACCCUGCGCUGCCCUCUGCUGAUGCUGCCGCUGAUGCUGAUGCUGCCCCUUCUAGUGCUGCUGCUGCUGCUGCUGCUGCUGGUGAUGCGGCAGCCGGUGCGAAUGGCAAGGAGGGGGGGGAGAGGCGUGGGGGGAGGAGCAGGAAGAAGAAGAAGGUGACUAAGCCCAUGAGGGAGGAGAGCAUGGGGGAGGACGGCAGUGAGGGGAAGGACGGCAGUGGGGGGAAGGACGGCAGUGAGGGGAAGGACGGCAGUGAGGGGACCAAAAGGGCUGCAGUGCCAAGGGGGGAGGAAGUUCCAGGGGAGCAAGAGGCGAAUGGAGGGGUGGAGAGUGGUGGUUUGGAAAACGGUGGGGUGGAGCAGAGUGAAGUGGAGCGGAAGCGCAGGCAGGGAAGCAGGGGAGAGGAGGGCGGCGAUGGUAGGAUGGGUCUGGAUGAGGGGAGAAAUGGCAUCCAUGUUUCGGCCGGUGCUUCGGCUGCUGGUGUUGCUGCUGCCGCUGCAGCUGAUGCUGAUGGUGCUGAUGGCGCUGGUGAUGCUGCUGGGGGGGACGAGGAAGUGGGGCAUAAGCAGCCGCCCAAGGGCAGAAAGUUGCCCUCUGUGCUCAUGCGGGCGAAACAGCCUGCUGUGAACCCAGAUGACGAGCAAGGUGCUGUGGCGGCAGCAGAAAGGCAGACACGCUCCAAGGCUAAGGCCAAGGCACAGGGGCGUGCAGAGGGAGGCGCGGAAGCAGAGGCAGAGGAAGAGCGAGAGGCGGCGCAGAUGAGAGGCGUGGGAGCUGAUGCUAGGUCUGGUCAGGCUGAAACAGCCCCAGGCACACCUAUGGGCACAGCCGUGGGUAUGGGGGGCAUGGGCAUCGGUAUGGGUAUGGGCAUGGGUGGUGUAGGGCACAUGGGCACCCCCAGGAGUGGCAGGAAGCGGUGUGCUCUCCUGUGCUCUGUGUGCGGGUACGGGCCGGGAGGCAAGGGCAGAGCCACAGGCGGCCACGUGGGGCCAUUGUUCCCAUGCGAGGGGUGUGCCCAGAUGUUCCACUUCGACUGUGCUGGCAUGCUGUUUCAAGACGUGGUGGAUGUGAGCGCGUGGACGUGCAAGGGGUGCUUGGAGGAGGAGGAGAGGGAGCGAGAGCGCGAGCUGGAGAGUGUGAGGAGGGAGAAGAUGAAGAGGCUGAGGCUGUCCCCGCUGGCUGCGAAGCUGCAGAGGAAGCUGCAGCAGCAGGAAGAAGAGGGGGCGGAGUGGGGGGAGGGGCAGCAGCAGCAGGAGCAGGAGAAGCAGCAGCAGCAGGAGAAGCAGCAGCAGCAGGAGAAGCAGCAGCAGCAGGAGAAGCAGCAGCAGCAGGAGAAGCAGCAGCAGCAGGAGAGGAACGAGGAGCAGCAGGAGAAGCAGCAAGAUUUUGGGAGGGAAGGGUGGAGGCGAGGAGGGGAUGGGUUGGGUCGUGGCAUGGGUGCGGGCGAGAGGGAUCCGGGAGGAGGGGAGGAAAGGGAAGCGGAUUUGGGAACGACAGGCAGGAGGGAGGAAAAGAGGAGGGAAGGCGGGACGGUAGAGAAGGGAAGUGGAGAGAGAGACCUGAGGAGUGGGGGGACGGGGGAGGGGAAGGAGAGGGUGCAAGAGGGGUUGGAGGAGGGAAAUGGGGUGGAGGAGGUGCGGGUUCGGCUGGAUGCUCGUAUGGCAGCGGCAGGGGGCGAGGAGGGGGAGGAGGACGAAAAAGACGAGGUCGAGGGGGAAGAGGAGGAAGAGGUAGGCGGCUCGGGUGGUGGUGUGGUGAAGGGAGGGAAGGGAGUCGGGCGCAAGGGCAGGGGCAAGGGGAAAGGGGAGGGGCUGAGGAAUGGGGAGAGGGGACCUGGGAGUGGGAGAGGAGAUGAGGGCGUGGAUCGCAGGGCGAAUGGGAUGGCUCGAGGGAGAAGCACAAGGGGUGCUGGAAACGCUGACGCUGAGCCUACUGCAGACAAAAAGAAGGUGGUGCAGGGAUUGAGAAUCAGGCAGCCACAGGGAGAGGGAGAGGGACAGGGAGAGGCAGAGGCAGAGGCAGAGGCAGAGGCAGAGGAAGAGGCAGAGGAAGUGGCAAGAGUUGCUCACAUGAACAGUGUCAAGGCAACUCCAGGCAAGUCGCCUGCUGGGAAGAGGGGUGGCGAUGGUGGCAGUGGUGUGCAGGAAGCGGGCAAACGGGUGACAAGAGCAUCUGCUGUCGCCGCUGCUGCUGCUGCUGCUGGUGCCGCUGCUGCUGGUGCCGCCCCUGCUGCUGCUUCUGCUGCUGCUGCUGCUGCUGCUGGCAGUGGUGCGGCUGGUGGUGCUGCUGUUCAUGCUGCUGCUGCGGGUGGUGGCAGUGCUCCUAUGGGUGGCGCUGCUGGUCCGGUUGCUGAGAGGAGCAAGCGGGGCAAGGUGGCUGCUCAGCAGCCCCGAGUGGCGGCAGGUGAGGGGGACGAGGAGGAAGAGGCAGAGGGGUUGAUGAAUGGUGGGAGGAAGAAGAGGGGAGGUGAGAGGCUUGAGAGUGGGGAGAGGGGCAGGGGUGAGGAGAUGGGGAGGGAGGGGUGGAAGGGUGUGAAGGUGGAUGGGAAGGGAGCAGAGGGCGGAGUGGCAGACUGGUUCGAAAUGGAGGAUAUUAUUGAGGUGGAGGAUGAAGAGGAGGAGGAGGUGGAGGAGGACGACGAGGAACUAGAGUUGCAGGAGGAAGAGACUGAGGAGGAGGAAGAGGAAGAGGAAGAGGAAGAGGAAGAGGAAGAGGAAGAGGAAGAGGAAGAGGAGAUGGAGGAUGAGGUGGAAGAGGAGGACGAGGAGGACGAGGAGGAAGAAGAGGAGAGGGAGGAAGGAGAAGAAGAGAGAGGUGCGCAGAUGGAGGAAGGGGAAGUUGGGGAAGAGGAAGAGGAGGAGGAAGAGGAAGAGGAGGAGGAGGAAGAGGAAGAGGAGGAGGAGGAAGAGGAGGAGCGGCUGAUGAUGGGUCGUGACCCUGGGGUGAACGUGUGGAGGGUGGGGAGAGGUAGGAGCGCAAAGAGCACUGGUACUACUGGUUCUAGAGAGGAACAAGGGACGGCAGGAAGAGACGGGGGGCGAUUUGAAAAGAAGGGAAUGGGAAGAGUGACGGGGAAGAAAGCAGUGCGAGUAAGAAAGGGUGGGAGGCGGCAAGUAAGAGCAGAGGAAAGGGGGGGAGAGGAGGAGGUUGGGGUGGAAAGCGAGAGGCAGGAGGGACUAGAGGAGGAGAAGGAGGAGGAGGAAGGGGUGGGGAGAGCUGGAGAGGCGUGGGAGUGGUCGAAUAGGGAUGGAGGGGGGCAUGAUGGUCUGGCAGAGGCGUUUGACUUGUAUGAUGAGAGGGAGGAGGGCGAGGAGGAAGAGGUGAGGGAGGAGGCAGAGGAGGAGAGGGAGAUAGAAGAAGGGGAUGAGAAGGACGAGGAGGAAGAGCAGGAUGAGGAGGAAGAGCAGGAUGAGGAGGAAGAGGAGAAAGAAGAGGGGGAGGAGGAAGAGGAGGAGGGGGAGGAGGAAGAAGAGGAGGAAGAGGAGUUGUUUGCGGAGGGUGGUGUGCAGGAGGUGCAAGUGUGGAGGAGCAUGCGAGGGCGGUAUGCAGGGAAGACCGCAGGGGAGGGAAGAGGCAUGAAGAGGAGCGACAAGCAGGAGACGGUACGUGCAAAGCAGGACAAGGGGCGCGCUGCGGCUGCUGAUGGGCGCAGGCGCGCCGCUGCUGGUGCUGCUGGUGCUGAAGGGAAUGGGCUUGCGGAUGGGGAAGGAUGGGAGGAGUUGGGGGGUGGGGAGGCACGGGGCAGGAGGGCAAGCAACCGGCUGCGAGGGCUGUGGGAGCAGAGGGCGAAGGGGACAGGGAAGAGAAAUAUGGAGGACCGUGCGGUGAAGAGCGGUGAGGAGGAUGGGGCAGGAAGGGAGAGUGUGAGGCGGUAUGGCAAGAGGGAGAGGAGGGGAGGGGUCGCAGAGGGUGCUGCUGGUGGUGAUGGCGCAGAAAGAGAGGAGCAUGUUGAUCUUGGUGCUGGAGAUGGUAAUGGGUUUUAUUCGCCUGCUCCUGCUCCUGCUCCUGCGCAUGCUGGUGCUGGUGCUGGUGCCGGUGCUGGUGCUGGUGCUGGUGCUGGUGUUAGUGGUUAUGCUGCUACUCCUUUGCAAGGGAAGGGUGUGAAGCAGGGAGGGGACGGGCAGGAGGGGUUGAGGAUUGGGGGCAGCGCGAGAGGCAAGGGGAAGGGGCAGAGGAGGGUGCAGUUUGAGAGGGAGAGGAGGAGCCAAGGGAGGAAGGGCGGGAAGGGGAAGCAAGCGGAGGGGACAAGUGAAGCUCUGAAGCAGGGAGAGGCGAGGGAGAGGGCAGUGGCAGGCCAGGGGAUUUUUGAGUCGACUCAAAAAUCACCUACUGCAGUGGCAGGGCAGGGGGGCAAGAAGCUGAGCCGCGAAAUGAAGAGCCUUUUGAGGGAUGGGGUGGAGCUUGGGGGGGGGAGUGGGAGCGGGAGGGCAGGGAAGGGGAAGCAAUUAGAAGAAGAGGAGAGGGAGGAGCAGGAGGAGAGAGAGGAGGGUGAGGAGGAAGAGGAGGAGGAAGGUGAGGUGGGUGCCGCAUCUCCCUUUAAAGGCGGCUCCAGAGGUGCUGCUGGUGCCCCUUGUGCCGCUGGUGCCCCUGGUGCCUUUAGUGCCCCUGGUGCCACUGGUGCCAGUGCUGCUGGUGGUGCCGGUGCCGCUGAUGGGAGGAAGGGGGGAAGCGGUUUGAAGAGGCGAGGAGGAGAGGUGGAAGGGAUGGCAGGGAGAGGGAGGAAGAGAAGAGUGGGCGCUGUUAAGGGCAGGCUGGGCCGUGUGAGAGAGGAGGAGGAUGGAGUGAGAGGAGCCGGGCGCAAAGGUGGAGGGCGUGGGGAAAUGAGGGGUGCGGAGGAGGGGAGGAGGGAGGGGGAUGAGGAAGGGUCAGAGAAAGAGGAGGAUGAGGGACGGCAGGCACCUGCUAGCCAUGGCCGAAACAGGAAAACCGCCUCUACUCCUGCUACUGCUGCUACUGGUCGUAGCAACGCUGCUCCACCGGUCCCUCCUGCUCCUGCUGCCGCUGCUGGUGCUGCCGCCGCUGGUGCUGGUGCCGCCGCUGGUGUCGCUGCUGGUACUGCGGCUGCUGGUGGACGGCGAGUGAAGCGGAGAUGGACAGACGAGGAGGAAGAAAUGUUGCUGGAGCUGAUGGAGCGCCACAGGGCGGCGGCGGACAAGUGGAAGCUGAUUCUGCAGCACGGGCGGCACCGCUUCCACCCCUCACGCACGGCCGUGGACCUCAAGGACAAGUGGCGCAACCUGCUCAAGUACAAGUGCUCCGCGCUCUGACCCACCGGCUGCUGAUAAGGGUCUGCUGCCACGCCCUCUGCUGCCACGCCCUGUGCUGACAGACGCUGGGGGAGCCUCAGCUCAGUCGCAUGAUCCCGUCGCUUCCACCCCUAGUGCAGGACCGUUGACCUCAAGGACAAGUGACGGAAGCUGUUCAAGUGCAAGUGCUCCGUGCUCUGACUCUCUUAUCUCUCACAGAGUAUGGCCGACUCAUACGGUGGUGCUUUGGCCGUUACUACUCAAUGCUCUGACAACCUUAGGAAGUCAACACACUGACCUGUGACUCCUCUGCCGCGCAACCACUCUUCUACCCAAGCGUUACCUGGCAUACCUGCUGACCGACACUGUCCGCUCUGUGUUGGCUCACACCUCACUCCCUCCUCACACCUCGCACUGCUACCCCACCCUUUUGUGACUGCCACCCGAGCAAAGCACGAUACGCUAACUGCAAACCAGUCUCCUCGCUGGUGCAUGUGUGACAGCUAAUGCUUCCAUCCCCCUUUGCAGCUAGUGUUUCUACCAUGUGUUACUGUGUGCAAUAAGAGCCUUGGCAUUGAACAAACAGUACCUAUCAUCUACUUUCUGCUUUCUUGGUUAACCCUUUGUUUUGUGACCAGUUUUUUUAGAUGUAAAUUU